GACGUUUUCUGUUUUUCACGUCACGUAGUUUCACUUCGCACAACGAAGAGUGAGUCGCGUAGUGCGAGUGUCCCGUGUUUCUUGACGGUUUGUGUAGUUUUUUAAGUGAAUAAUGUGAUUGUGUGGUUCGUUAUGGCCUAUAAAUAUCGUGAAGAAUUGGUUGGCAAACGAUUUCUGUCUGUGAGUGGUGUGACAAAAAUUAACGUGAAUAAAGUUUCUGAAUGGGGAUGGAAAGCUGGUGUUAUCAGGGCAGCUUCGCUCAAAGAUAACAAAAAUAAGGAGCUCCAGGUUUUAGUGGAAUACGAUGGAGUAGAUUGGCACCGCCGUGAAUGGGUAGCGGUCUACUCCCGAAGGACGUUUCGUGUUUUUUUAGUGGAAAGGACUUUAGUGUGGGCUCCGAGAAAUUUAGACGGAAAAGAAGUGCAAUGGCCUGCUUUGACGUUCACGGCGCUGGCGUCGGACCUGGCCAUCCCUUCGGGGGCUCACCCCGUGGAGUUCCUGCACGACCGCCGGCUCGGCUUCCUCGACUACGCCGCGCUGCCGCCCUACCAGGACUGGGACGCGCACCUAGCCGGCGCCACGGCGGGGCUGGACCAGGCCCUCCUCACCUCCCUGGCGGCCGAGGCAGCUGACUGGCGCACCCUGCAGGACGGGCAGAGGAUCCUCACCACCACUCCCACGGUGCUAGGAGGCUGUCGGGCCCAGGUGUACCGCUCGGCCGGGGCUACCCAGUGGUAUACGGCGGUUAUAUUUGGGGUCAAUGAACAUACUGGGGAGCUGACGGUGACGGACGACACGGUGCUGGAGGAGCACAGCGAGGACCCGGCGCUCGUGCAGAUGACGCUGCUGGGGGACGGAGUGAUCGAGUCGAUCAUGCGUGGCGAGGUGGUGGGCGUGAUGCCGCGGCGGUCGCGCUCCAACUUACAGCGAGUGGAGCGCGAGCCGGGCCGCAGCCCCGCGCCCGCCGCGCGCAAGAAGGCGCCUCCUCCGCGCAGCAACGGGCAGCUCGCCCCCGCCGCCGACCCCGCCGAGACACGCACAGGCUCCCCGCCCGAACCCGACAACAAAGAAGUUAACAAAAAAGGUGCAUCAAUAAGUGUCGGUGUGAGUGAGCCAGUGGCUAGUACCGAGCCGAGUGCAGUGGAAGUGUCCGCUAGUGCUGUGCCGGAUGCGGCAGUGAGUGAGGCGAGCGCGGAUGCUGGCUGCGCGGUGGCCUCCGAGGAGGAUGACUGUGUGAUCGUGUGCGCGCGCGAUGGCGACUCGCGGUCGGACUCCGGCGUGAGCGGGGUGCGGUCGGGGGGCUCGGCCAGCUCCGUGGAGGAGUGGCGCGCCAUGGCGCACGGCUACGGGGGCGGGCCGCCGCCGCCGCUGCUGCACCUGCCGCCGCCGCCGCCCGCGCUGUACGCCAGCGAGAUGCUGUGGAAGCAGCAGCGGUACCAGGCGCCCAUGCACGCGCCGCUGCAUCACGCCAUCGCCGAUGACUAUCUGGCGGUGGCCACCUACGAUAGAGAGAGACAUGAAAGACUGCUACGAGAACGAAGGGAUCAGGAGCAAAGGGAAAUGCUCGAAAAGCAACAAAAGGAUAAGGAGAGAGAACGAAUAGAACGUGAAAGAGAACGGGAGAGAGAACGAGAAAGAGAACGGGAGAAACAGGAGAGAGAAAGAGAAGAAAAGGAGAGACAAGAAAACGCUGCGUCCAAAUUAGUAUCGAGGCAUUUUGAAGAAUCUCUGAGGCUGGCUAACCAAAAGCGCGAGCGCAACCUGUCAUGGUCGCUCAUCAACAGCCUGGGCGCCCGCGGGGAGCGCUACUACGGCCCUCCCCCGCGCGCCCCGCGCCCGCCCCCCAAGGACAAACCCCUGCCCAAGGCCGAGCCCAACUUCGCCGCCUACCCCUACCCCUACCGGCACAAGGAGCCCCCGCUCCCCGCGCCGCCCCCGCUCGUCCCUGAGCCCAAGAGCUCCGUCAUCGUGAAGCAUGACACCAAGCAGCUGCAGCUGAAAGGACGGUCCCCGCCGCUGUACCCGCCGUACCGCGCCCCGCACCCCGCGCCGCCCCCCGGCGACAAGCCGCGCCGCCUGUACCAGCCGCCGCCCGCGCGCUCGCCCGCCUACUACCCCUCCCCGCCGCACCCCGCGCCGCACCCCGCGCACCCCGCGCAUCCUGCACACCCGGCCCACCCCUCUCACCCCUCUCACCCGGCACACCCGGCGCAUCCCGCGCAUCCUGCGCACCCGCCGCCGGCGAAACCUAAGGUGUCGAGCCCGGCGCCGCCGCACGUGUACGGCAAGCCGGGCGGCGCGCCCUCCCCCUCCCCCUCCCCCGCGCACUACCCCGAGCAGCCCGAGCCGCCGCCCGUGCCCUACCCGCCGCCCUCGCCCUACUCGCCCGCCGCGCGCUCCCGCCCGCCCCCCGAGGCGCACACGCCGCCCCCGCGCGCGCCCCCGCCCCGCGCGCACGGCGACCCCGCGCCCCCGCUGCCCUACCAGACGCAGCCGCUGGACCUGGGCCCCGCGCGCGACGACCCCCGCGCCGAGCCCCCCCGCCGCCCCGCGCCCCCCGCGCCCCCCGAGCCCGACCACGACGACGCCAAGCGACGCCGUCUGGACGAGCCCGCGCCAGUGGAGACCACGCCGGAGAAGGCGGCCCCGUCCCCGGCAGCGUCCCCCGCUCCUCCCGCCGCGUCCCCGGCGCCCCCGCCCGCGGCGUCCCCCGCGCCCCCCGCCCCCGCGCCGGACCCCCCCGUGCGCCACCUCGGCAAGAAGGCGUGGCUGCAGCGGCACGAGACGGCCCCCGAGCCGCCGGGCGCGUGCUCCGGGGGUGGCGGCGUGUGCGUCACGCUGCCCAUGGCCCUGGCCGCCGAGCCCCCGCCCCCCGCGCCGCCCGCGCCCGCCCGCAGCAAGCCCAAGCCGCGCAAGAACAAGGAGAACGGCCGCGCCGAGGACCCCGACGAGGACUCCUCCAGCUCCGACCGCGACGCCGCCAAGCGGAAACCGCCCAAAGCGAAGCGGAAAAAGGGAGCGCUCCCGCGCAAGACCACCGACGAGAAGAAGAAGAAGGCGUCCGAGAGUGGAAGUGAAAGUGAUAAGGAGAGUGAUGACAAGGACUCCGACUCCGGUUCCGGCUCUGGUGGUUCAGGAGCGUCGGCGCGGCGCGGGGCGGGGCGGGCGCGGGGCAGGCGAGCGCGGGGCGGGCGCGGGGGCGCGGGGGGCGGCCGGCGCCCCGACCCCCGCCGCUCGCCCCCGCGCUCCAAGCGGCCCCAGGACUCGUUCCUGCAGAACGGGCCCUGCUUCGAGGUGGCCCCGCGCCUGGCCAAGUGCCGCGAGUGCCGCUGGUCCCCCGCCCAGAGGGACAAGGACAUGCCGAACAUCUUCUGCCGGUUCUACGCCUUCCGAAGACUGAAAUACGCUAAGAAUAGACAACUGGCCAUCGCCGGGUUCUCGGACCCGUACAAAGAUACUGAAGAGGAGGACAAGAAGCUAUGGCUCUCUUCUUCUGCGGGCGCGGCCGAGCUGGACAUCGAGAUGAGUUGCUUCUUACUGCGGGAGAUCGGCGACCAGUUCUGUGAGCUGCUGCAGCAGGAGAAGGAGGCAGAGUCGCACCAUUUGAAUGACGACAAGACGAUAGCCUGGAAGCGCGUGGUGCAAGGCGUUCGCGAGAUCUGCGACGUGUGCGAGACCACGCUGUUCAACCUGCACUGGACCUGCGGCCGCUGCGGCUUCGUCGUGUGCCUCGACUGCUACAAGUCACGAACAUCCGGUGAGAAUGGCACCUCAAGCAAUGCCGAGAGCAACUCCAACCUCAACAACGGAGAACGAGACAGCUUUGGCUGGCUAACCUGCACCGUCGGCGGCGCGGGCUCCUCCAGCGCGCACCUCCCCCGGCGGCUGCUGCUCACGCAGAUAGCCGCGGGCGGCGCGCUGGCGGCGGCGGCGGCUCGAGCUCACACCGCCCGGGCCGAGUGGGGGCUGCCGCCCUGUGCUUGUGAGGCGAGGGUCGAGCCGGAUAGGGGGAGACGGCAGGCGGCUAAAGCGUUGCUGCAUGCCGCGCUUAGCAAGAACAUCAAGAAGGAGGAAAGCAAAGAGGAGAACGGCCCCACAAACGGCACCUCCCCGGUCAAGUCCGAAAACGGCAAGAUCACACCCGUGGUGAGCUGGCUGUCCGACCUGCCGCUCAAGAACGAACCCAAGGAGGAAAAGUCCGACUCCAGCUCCUCAGACUCAGAGGAAGGAGGCAACUUCUCCACCCUGCGAGAGCUCCUAAUCCGACCGGCGCCAGACGGCGGGGAAGCUCAACCUAAGAAGAAACAAAAGAAGUCCAAGAACGAUUGUCUAGACGACGUGAUAUCCAGCGUAGUCGAUGAGAAGAAAGACGAGGACGGUGAUUCUAAGCCCUUCGCGUUGUCGGAUGUGGUGAAGCGGUAUGAGAGAGCCCGGGGGAGAGAGGAGCUGGCUGUCCGGAUCAUGACGCUGACGGAGUCCAAGCUGUUGUACCCGGAUGUACCGCACGCAUGGCUGUGUGAUGGGAAGCUGCUGCAUCUCACUGACCCGGUGCAUCCCGGGAAUUAUAAGCCCUUCCAGGACCAAUGGAAGCGCGGGCAGCCUGUCCUGGUGUCCGACGUGUCCUCCAUCCUGGACAAGGAGCUGUGGUCGCCGGCGUCCUUCUCCCGGGACUUCGGCGACACACGAGUUGACCUCGUGAACUGUGCGUCGGGGCUCGUGGUGCCCAACCAGCCCGCGUCCAAGUUCUGGGACGGCUUCCAGCUCGCAGCCCAGAGGCUUAGGGACGAGCGCGGCGCGCCCAUGGUGCUCAAGGUCAAGGACUGGCCCCCCGGCGAGGACUUUGCCGAGCUACUGCCGACCCGGUUCGACGACCUCAUGCGAGCCUUACCCCUGUCGGAGUACACCUCUCGCAAUGGCAGGCUCAAUUUAGCUGCAAGGUUACCAGAGUGCUUCGUGCGUCCCGACCUCGGACCCAAGAUGUAUACGGCUUACGGGGGCGCCGGCGGCACUACAAACUUGCACCUGGAUGUGAGUGAUGCAGUGAACGUGAUGGUGCACGCGAGCGCGCCGGCUGACGCCCCCGAGCGGGCGCGGGAGGCCGCGCGCGCCGCCGACGAGGCCGGCGUGGACGUGCUGUCCCGCCGACGCGCGCGCGUCACGCCGCCCGCCGCGCUCUGGCACAUCUACGCCGCCCGCGACGCCGACAAGAUCAGGGAUUUCUUAGUCCGAGCCGAGCUGGAGCGAGGCGCCCGUCCGAGACCCCAGCACGACCCCGUGCACGACCAGACCUGGUACCUGGACGCGGCUCUACGAGAGCGCCUGUACCGCGAGUACGGGGUCGAGGGCUACGCCGUGCUGCAGUGCCCGGGCGACGCCGUGUUCGUGCCGGCCGGCGCGCCGCACCAGGUGCGCAACCUGCUCGACUGCAUCAAGGUGGCUGAAGACUUUGUCUCGCCGGAGAAUGUCUCCCGCUGCUUUGAACUCGCUCAACAGUUUCGCCAUCUGUCCCGGCAGCAUGCGAACAAGGAGGACAAGCUGCAGAUCAAGAAUAUUGUGUACCACGCAGUGAAGGACUCGCUGUGCUGCCUCGAGCAGGCGCUGCAGUAGCCGCCCGCCCAACCCCGCCCUGGCCAGGGGCAAGCAUGAUCUCAACCUCGAACGUAACAUUAAUCGCUAAGUUCCGCAUUUAAACGUAAGAUUGGGAGAGUGAUACGCGCUGUGCGCUCGCGAGAUGCCACGUCGCGUCGCCGGAUGGUGUACCAGUUCUGUGUAAAUGUUCGCGAUAUAUUGUGAUGUGUUCCGACGUCGUCGGAGAAUGUGCAAUGUAAAUUAGUCUGAAUAUGGUGAUAUCGUUGAGAUGUGGAUAUGUUUUAUGUUCCUUAAUCGAAAUACAAAUAAACUCUUCAGGUUUCUCUGACAGCUUAACGUAGCUCUAGUGAUAUGUAUGUAUUGUGUAAAUUUUUAUUCGAAUUCCAUCGAGUACAUAUUAAGAAGUGUAUACUUUUAAGUUAUUGUUUUUGAGGUAAACGUAUUCGCUCGAAGCAUUGUACAUUAAACACCUACAUAUUAGAUUUCUCAAUUUGGUUAGUAUGUUAAAAUAGUUAAACGAAGUAUGUGACAAUUUGAUUUUGUCCUUAUUGCUGUAUUAGGCGAAAGCAAGUUUUUUUUGUACUGUGUAUAUUAUGUAUGGUUAUAAGUUGGAAUAAAAAAGAUGUUUAUAUUAA